AGGAGCUGGCCUGGCUCAUCCUUGUUGCACUUGCACAUUUAAGAUGGCAUCCUCCAUUGUGGCGUCCGCCACAAUACGAGCUGUGAAGGGAAGGAAAAUUUUCCCGACUCGCGCCGCGCUCACCUUGACACCCAACGCUGUAAAGAAGAUUAAGGAUAUUUUGAAAGAUAAGAGUGAAUAUAUCGGUCUUAAGGUUGGAGUACAGCAACGGGGAUGCAACGGUUUGAGCUAUACCCUAAACUAUGCGAAAGAAAAGUCCAAGCUUGACGAGGAAGUAGUUCAGGAUGGCGUUCGUAUAUUCAUCGAUCGAAAGGCACAGCUGUCUCUUCUUGGAACAGAAAUGGAUUACACUGAGAACAAAUUAAGCUCCGAAUUUGUAUUUAAUAAUCCAAAUAUUAAAGGGACAUGUGGAUGUGGAGAAAGUUUUUCAGUGUAGUAAAAAUUUCAUAUGACAUAUUACAUAUUUAUCAGUUUAGUUCUACGUGACAUGUAAUCUCUAGUUAGAUAAGAGUUUAGAAUCUUUAAAAUGUCUUGUGAUAUAUGACAGCAUAUUUCUGUCUCAUCUCACAGUCAAAGGACUGAGUCUACGACGUAAAACAGAUACAUGUGACAAUCGCCAAGAUUUAAUUUAUCAAUUUCUGUAAGUUUGUAUAUAUUUUGCCAUCUACUGUUAUUAAGUACACGUAAUGUACAUGUACAAAAUAUAUAAUUUUUAGCUGAAAAAAA